AUGGAAGAGAAAUUAUAUGAUGAACUGGCUAUUACAUAUAGGGCACUUGCUAAAAACAAACGGACGAAAACAAAUGGUGCUGGUGGUGAAAAUGGAAAUGGAAAUGGACUUGAAACUAUUGGAGGAUUGAUUUCAGGUGGAGAAGAAGGAUUGACUGCAGUGGAAGGUGGUGGAAAUGUAUGUGAUGGUGUUACUGGUGGUGGUGAUGGUACUGAUGAUGAACAUGAACAUGGCCGCGGUGGUGGUGGCGCACACGCCACAGGCGGUGGUGGCGGCGGCGGUGGUGGUGGUGGUGUACACGCCACAGGUGGUGGAAUUUUCGGUGGCGGCGGUGAUCCAGGACAAAUAUUAGGUCCACAUCCGUUUUUUUCAGGUGGUCGAAUGGUGGGUGGCGUCAUCACCGGCGCUUCUUGGAGUAACUUAAACUUACGUGAAGCGUCUCCUGACUUGACCAUGUGA